CAGUGGAAGUCCCUGUUCAUAGCACGCCAUUUUGUAACAGUAGGCUGAUUGUUUCGUGCAAGAGAUUAGCUAACCUGUACUUGCAACAAAAUAGCGUUUUCUCUGUGUAAUCAUGUCUGAAAACUAUUCGACAGGAGAAGCAGGGGGCGUAGAGAUUCCUGAGGGAGCAAUUCGCAAAUUGUCGGAGCUGAGAGUCAUUGACUUGAAAGCAGAAUUAAAAAGACGAAAUCUGGACGCCACCGGCAUCAAGAGUACGCUGACAGAGAGGCUGAAAAAGGCUAUUGAAGAAGAGGGUGGAAACCCAGAUGAGAUAGCGGUUGUUCUCGAUGCAACUCCUAAGGCGGCACUGGCUAAACGGACCUCCAAAGGGAAAAGACAUGAGAACGAUGAAUCAGAGGACUGCACCAUUGAGGAAGAUUCGGGGGAUGGCCAGGAUGACAACAUGCAGGACAUGGACAUCCUGGAUAUGAAUGUGCUUGAUGAGGCUGAGAAUGACAACAGUAUGCCAGCCGAGGAGGAGUACGACACAGAUGAAGUCCUGAACUCUCCAUCGGAUGAAGUCAACCCCGAGAUCCUGGCUGAUGAAGAGGCCAUGAACGAAGAUGAACACAAUGGAGUCUCUGGCUCUCCUGAGCCAAUGAGUGAAGCCAAACCUGAAGAGGUUCAAGAGAAGGAUCCGGAGCCCAAAGACUCAAAGGAAGAAAUAGAAAAUGAGAAAGUAGCCGGGUCUUGUUUAUCUGAGCCGCUAAAUGAAGAGCGCCAGGAGCCACCGACAGAAGAUCAAGCCACCAUCGGGGACAUGGUCAAUGUUGCCGAGGAAGACGAUGUGUGCAACACCACUAAAGCCAAGGAGGCCAUCAAUUUGGAGCCUGAACUGUCGACUAGCGACAUGGACGUUGCUAAGCUAACUGCGAGUGAAACGAAAGACACUGAGGACACUCAAAAUGUCCCAGAAGAGGCAGUUGACCCUGAAAGCAAGAGCACUCGGGCUGUUAGCGUAAGCGAGCAGGGCGCGGGUGAAACCGAAAGCGCUGUUGAUUCGGAAAUGGUCUCUAAAGCUGAGGGUGAGGAGGAAGAGAAGAAGACUGAAGAGAAUGCUGCAGAAUCAACGGCAGUGAAAGAGUCCUCUUCUGUUGAGGGCGAUGAUCAGAAAAAGAGUUCUGAUGAGGAAAAAGGUAGCAAGCCUGACUCAAAAGAUGAAAAGGCCCCUACAGGUAGCGCUCCAGCUAGUAGUGGCAGAAACCUGUGGGUUAGCGGCCUCUCCUCCACCACCAGAGCGACUGAUCUAAAGACUCUGUUCAGCAAGUAUGGAAAGGUUGUUGGAGCUAAAGUGGUGACUAAUGCCCGGAGCCCCGGGGCUCGCUGCUACGGUUUUGUCACCAUGUGUUCCACGGAGGAGGCCACCAAGUGCAUCAGCCACCUGCACAGGACCGAGCUCCACGGUAGAAUGAUCUCUGUGGAGAGGGCUAAGAACGAGCCUGCUGGGAAGAAGCCUGCUGACAAUAGUGACGCUAAGUCUGGCACCGACAGGAGACACUCCUCAGACUCCAAGUCCGAUGCCAACAAGGACGAAAAGGCUGAAGGUGAAGUCGGAAAAGAUGGCAAACGUAAUGAAAGGACAGUGGUGAUGGACAAGUCCAAGGGAGAGCCUGUCAUCAGCGUGAAAGCCAAAAGCAAAGACCGGAGCACCAAGAGUCGCGACCGCAAGUCCCCAAGCAAAGAGAAGGACAUCCUGUCGUUUGACCAGAUCAAGGAGCAGCGUGAGCGGGAGAGACGGCGGCAGCGGGAGAGGGACAUCAGGGAGGUGGAGCGACGCAGGCACUCUGGUGAGCGCGGCAGUGGCCCAGACCGUGGCAGCGCAGACAACCGCACUGAGCGUGAGCGUAUCCGCCUGUUCCGGGAGAAGGAGGAGUGUGAGCGCCUCCUGCGGAAAAGAAACUGGCUGGAGGUGGAGAAGGAGCGGCUGAAAUUUGACCGCAUGGAGCGCGAGUUCCUGGAGCGUGAGCGUCAGCGUGUGGAGUACGAGCGCCGGCGUGAGCAGGAGAGGAUCCAACGGGAGAGGGAGGAGCUCCGCAGGCAGCAGGAGCAGCUGCGCUUUGAGCAGGACCGCCGCCCACUCAAGAGGCCCUACGCCGACAUUGACAGGAAAGACGACUGGCAGGACAAGAGGCUGGCUAUGGAUGACCGCUAUGGGGGGCGCUCAGACUUCGGUCGCCAGGAGCGCUACCAAGACAUUGACCACCGGGACCGUGGACGCUACCAGGACGAUGCCGUCAUUGACAGGAGGGACACUUCACGGGCUGUAGUUGCAGACCGGGAUAGCACACAGCACUUCUCGGACCGUACCGAGAGGCAUGGGAGGGACGCCUGGACCGCAGCAGGAAGUUAUGACAAGCGUACUAUUAAUCCGAGGGAGGGCCGUGACUGGGACAGAACCUGGCAAACAGGUCGAGACGGGGGCAUCCCAGGCCAAAGUCACAUGGGGGCACGGGGAGGAAUGGCAAGUCGUGGUGGAGGCUACAUGACAACAGGGACCUCCCAGUCCCUCUCUGGAGCUCUGAAUCGUCAGAACCAGAUGAUGCAGGGUGGCGGGGCCUUCGGUCGCCGCUACUGAGGUCUGAACACCCAGUUCCCAGUCACAUGUUUAGAUGUAUUGUGAAACUGUCUGCAGCAUGUAUAUUGCUCACAAAAACUUUGUGAAUUCAGAUGUUGCUUUUAUAGACCCUUUGACUUUUCUUCUUCCCUUUUAAAACUUAACUGCAAUUGAACUUAACUGAACAUCUGAGUUUUAAAUGUCUCUGAUCAGAUCAUUCAUAGCUUUUUCAUUCUGAAUUACCUUUUGUUUUCUAAUUGAAUGGAAUUUAUAAUUUUUCUAUUUUGUGUAUUUUGAGUGUGGUUGUAUCUUGGUAAGAAAUGCUCAGGAAUGCGUCUGCUUAAACGUUUGCUGAAACCUGUGGUGAACUUAGUUGCGGAAAAGUACGAACCCAUUAAUGGUUAUGAUUGCAUUUCGGGCAUAAUUUCAGUAACUGUAAAAUGUGGCGUUGUCUUAGUGUUUAUGUACAAAAAUAUUUUCAGAAUUUGUAUGUACAAUAGGAAACAAUCAACCGUGUUAGAUUCAACUGCAGUUGUACAAUACCACCACUGGAUGGCACCUGAUGGCUAUUUUUCUGUGAGAUGAGAAUGCUGCCUAAUAAAAUGUAUUUUCUUUUUGCAGGGCAAGGGCAAAUAUUUUUUGGGACUUUCUCUUCAUAAUGACAAUUUUAAGAGGAAUGUUGUCCAUAUUAUAACUAUUAACGCAAGUUUUGUUCGUGGUAGAUAUAACUCCACAAAUCCAAUAGAAUUAGACCUAAGAGCUCAGGACUCCUCAUGCAACCAGAAAACGAUAAGUACAUAAAUCAUCUUGCCCUUGUGAAAUGUGUUGUGUGGGGAUUUUCACCUGCAUACUUGUAGGCUACAUCUUUGGAGCUUAACACUUUACAGACUAUUUUGUUUGACGAUCUUGAUUCAUAAUGAGCUUAUGAAUGUUUUAAGUUAAUUAGUUUGGCAUGAUUGUCUAUCUACUCCGUAGGGCCUAGGCCACACUGAUGUAAACAGUUGCUUAAAAGAUACAUUGUUUUGUUUACUCCACCUGCUUUUCUCCUAGCCUACCAGCAGUUUUCCCCUCUAGCAGUCUACCAUAACUUUUGAUGUCUCUAACUUGCCCAGCCCAGAGAUUAAAGAUGAAUCUUUGGUCCAGUCAUGGAAUUAGAAUACUACAAUAGACAUGAACCUUCUUAUGGUCUAAAGGUCAGCCAUUCUGGUCAGGGAGUUAGUUACCCAGACAGUUUUAGAGGAAUGAUUCCAUUAAUAUUUAUAAUGAACUGCCAAUAUGCCAACAUUCCAUUCAAACAAUUGUCAAUCCACAGCUAUACACUGGAUGAAAUCGGUUGAUAGGACAGACAAGUUGUAAAUGCAACAAAUACUGACAUUGCAUCAUAUAAUAGCAAUCACAGCUGUCCAAGAAAACAAACAUUGAGACGUGUGGACUGUUUGCAUAUUUUAGAGGCUAUAUUGGUAUAAAACCCUUAAACUAUAAUAACAAUUUUAGGUUGACAAUUUUAUUACACAAUUUCUGAUAUAUCACACGCCUUACUUCUUUUCUGCAGAAGUAAAAUCAGGAUUAUGCCUGGUUCGGAUCUCCCUGACCAAUAUGGCUGCCAUUUUCACCACAUUGUGGAACGUUGAGGGUUAAAAUUCGCUAGCUAGCUAACCAACAACUGUAAUGAUGUUUUUGAGAGACAAGUGCUCAUUGUGCAAAUGUAUUUAUGUUUUCAAUAAACAUUGGAGGCAAUAUAGCUUACAUGUCAACAAUCUAUGCCAACCCAG